AUGUCGUUAUCAUUUGACGAUAGAAUUCUUGGCGAAAAGGUUAAUAAUUAUUGCAGUUCUAGUGAUGGAGAGGGGGAAGACUCCGAUGAAGCAUCAGAUAAUGAUGAAGUUGAAUGCUUUGCACCACCACCUCCUAGCCCUGCUUCUUUAGGCAAUCAAGUUGCCCAAACCGGCCCAAAAGGUGUUAUUGCGGAUUACAAACAAUACAGAAAGCUGAAAGAAGAGCAAGAUAAGCUGAAAAAUGAGAUGGCUAUUCAGAUGGCUAAGAAAUGCGCGCUGACAGGGCGUCCUUAUAGUGCAGAUCAACUUGCAAAAGAGCAAGAACAAAAGCUUAAGGAUUUAUUCGAAAAUCUUCUUGAUGAUGACGAUGAUGCCUUUUUGGCUCAAUAUAGACAGAAAAGACUUGCCGAAAUGCAGGGUACAUUCAAUAGCUUGCCUACUUAUCCUCGCAUUUAUGAACUGAAUACAAGUAAUUUCGUCACAGAGAUUGACAAGGAGCCUGCCAAUGUAACCGUUAUCGUUCAUAUCUAUGAGGAGGGAAACAUAGCUUGCAAAUCGGCCAAUGAAGCCUUUCAAUAUCUCUUUCGAGCAUAUCCUCAUUAUAAAUUCUGUCGAAUUCGUGCCUCGACCUCGUUUUUGAGCAGGAAUUUUGCAAGUUGCCUUUAUUUCAUUAUUUUUAAACAUUACAAAUGGUUUUGA